AUCUUUUAUUGUCAAAUAUUUGCCAAAAAUGAUGUGAUUAAUUACUUACACUCUGCAUUAAAAAUUUAUGUUCUACAUUAUUUCGCAUUACUAAAAAUGCCCGGAGGAAAGUUGCCGGAUAUUUUUUUAAGAGAGAGGUAUGAAAAAGACAUCAAGUUCAUAAAAGUUUAUGACAAAUACACCCCAAACUAUAAUGAAACAUCAAUAACGCCAAAGUUUUAUUCAAAAUAUGAAAGCGGUGAAACUGAUGAAGUGAAGCCAGAGAUUUUAAGGAAUUUGAAGAGGGCUCACGAUAUGCUACCCAGACAAAAACGGGAAUGGCCUGAAACAGUAAAUCAAAUAUAUGGAUGGUGGACUGAUGCAUUAGUUUCAAUUGACCGUUCAGAUCCUAGAUUUUAUUUUCCCCGUAAUGGAAGCGAGAUUACUAAGCACGGAGUGAAUAUGCUUUUGAGUAAAGACCCCAGAAAACGGUGAAAUAUGAAUUAUUACUAUGGUUACAAAAUAAAAGACCGUCUAACUAUAAAAAAUGUCUUUAUUGUUAAAAUAAUUUAAUAUCAAUUGUAAAAAAUCUAUAGCAUUAGAUCUAAAAGAGUAUAAAAACAUCCCUAUUACAAAAAUAUCUUUGAUAUUUCCAUCUGUUCUUUUAUCUUUGUACAUUACAUCUUUUACUAAAUAAUUCAGUAAAUUCAAGUUUCCCGGCCA